CCACCAACUGAAAGAACUUACACAAACAAUAUUGUGUGUUCAAAGUUCAAACCCAACAAAUAACCGAACCGAUUCGGAAACCAACUCUAACCUGAAAUUUUGAUAGAAUUUGGCCAAACCAAAUUAGACCGGUUAACACACGUUAGCCAAUAGCCACCAACAGAAGAAGCCGCUGCUCUAACGUACGCUUUGCUUAUAAGCAGUGUAACACGCAAGAGAAGAUGACGUCACAAGAAACAGCGUCGUUUUUGAAAGGUGAGGUUUUUUUUUGUGAAGCCGAGCGUGAAGGUGUGACGAGGAAGAGAAUGGCGAAGGAAGCGGUCAAGUAUGUAUGGGAAGGAGCAAUACCUCUGCAGAUAUAUCUCCACAAAUCCGACGUUGCUUCUCACCCUGCUCCUCCUCCUGCUCUUGUAUUAGCACCAAGAAUAGGAUAUUUGCCUCUGUUGAUUCCUCUUAUAAAGCCUUACUUCAAGGAUUCACUUCCUCCUGGUGAAGAUUCAAUCUGGUUUGAUUACAAAGGAUUUCCUUUGAAAUGGUAUAUACCAACUGGUGUUCUUUUCGAUCUCCUUUGCGCAGAACCAGAAAGACCUUGGAAUCUGACGAUACACUUUAGAGGAUAUCCUAGCAACAUUCUGAUACCAUGUGAAGGAGAAGAUUCCGUAAAAUGGAACUUUGUUAAUUCUUUGAAAGAGGCACAAUAUAUCAUCAAUGGAAAUUGCAAGAAUGUUAUGAAUAUGUCUCAGAGUGAUCAAGAGGAUCUAUGGACUUCUGUCAUGAACGGUGAUCUUGAUGCAUAUACAAGAUUAUCACCCAAGCUUAAAAUGGGAACAGUUGAAGAUGAGUUUUCAAGGACAACAAGUUUGUCAUCUCCACAAUCUGGACAAGUUGUGGCUGAGACAGAUGUGGCUGGUCAAGUUAAGACAGCAAGAAUUCCUGUUCGGUUAUAUGUUCGAAGUAUAAAUAAAGAUUUUGAGAAUCUUGAAGAUGUACUGGAGAUCGAUACCUGGGAUGACAUCUCGUACCUAAAUCGCCCUGUUGAGUUCCUCAGAGAAGAAGGGAAAUGCUUUACCUUACGUGACGCCAUUGAAAGUCUCCUCCCUGAGUUCAUGGGAGACAGAGCGCAAACGAGUGGAGAAGAAAGAAGCAUGGAUGAUACAGAAGAAGCAGAUGGUUCGAGGGAGACGGGUGAAAUCAAAUUGGUAAGGAUCCAAGGGAUAGAAAUGAAGCUAGAGAUACCGUUUUCGUGGGUGGUAAAUAACUUGAUGAACCCAGAAUUCUAUCUCCAUAUCUGUGUUCUUGUGAAAGCUCCACAAAGGUGAAGUAAGGUUCUCUGCAGUCACAAUCCAUCUGUGAAUUGAUCAAAUUGCUUUAUCGUUCGGUCUUACAAAACCAAAAGAAUCAAUGAUUUGUUGUAUACAGGAAAAAGUAGAAAGAUUAGAAAUAGUUCUUUUACAUCUUGUUACUUGACGGUUUUCACUCUGGGCAAAUUUGAUUGAAAUCAUUUAUUUA